AUGGCUCAACCUUCAACCCCCGGCCAGGUGCCGACCUCCAUCUUCGGCGGGCCUACCCUUGUCGCCGGAUCAACGCAGCCCGCCGGCGCCGCAAACCAGACAUCCAGCUCUACAGCGCUUCAGUUGCACCAGACGGCCACGCCGCCGUCUGCUGCCUCUGCUGCCUCGUCCGGCAAUACCUACAUCAUGCCCAACUCGCCCGCAAAGGGUCGUAGUGUGGCAGAUGGAUACCGUCCCAAGAUCACCCGCACGCUAGGCCAGAGACCCGCUUGCCUAGUCAACGCCUCGGUGACGUACUGUGGGAAUAACCAGAUCUACGCCUUUGGUGGUUUUGAUCAGUAUACCGAUGAAGUUUACAACCAUGUGCUCAGGCUGGACCUUGUGAGCCAUCAGUGGAACCUCGUUGACAACUAUGGCGACAUUCCUGGAGUUCGAAUGGGACAUACCGCGACACUAUAUCAAGGGAACAAGCUCUUGGUGUUUGGCGGCGAGAACGAACAUCGAACCUACCUGUCCGACCUGAUCAUCUUUGAUCUCAAGACCGCUCAUUGGACUCAGCCUCAAGUGUCAGGUCCUAUUCCCAAGGGCAGAGCGAGGCACGCCGCCGUCCUACACGAGGACAAGCUCUUCAUCAUCGGAGGCAUCACGGGCCAGAACAACUACGUGUUGGAUGACAUUUGCUAUCUCGACUUGAAGACAUUCACUUGGUCCAAGGCAUGGCGCUUCGUCGGACGAUUCGAUCACUCGGCAUACAUCUGGGGCGAGAGAGUCUGGGUGUUUGGGGGCCUUAGUGAGGACAUGGACAAGAUCAGCGAUCUGUGGUGGCUGGAUCUGAAAGGAAGCCCUCAGUUCGAUUCGAGGCCGCAGGUCGGCAUCUUCGAUCGAAGCUCCCUUUCCACUCGAGCAAGCGGCUCUCCAAGGCCGCCUUAUACCCUGCCACAGACGACAGCUGUUGGUGCCUCUGGAUACGCCGCAAACUCUCGAACGGCGCAAGUCAACCCUCCGUCAUUCCAACUCAAGUCAUAUGCACCUCUCGCUCCUGGAUCUAUAUCGGCGCUCAAGUUUAUGUCUGGUCCAUCAACUCCAUCUCAAGGUUCAGGUAUACAUUACCAUGCCUACUCCUCUGGAACUCUCAUCGACUUUGUGACGCCUGCGGCUACGAUAUCGCCGAGAGAAUGCUCGCUCUCCGCCCUGGACCUGGGGACUCUUCGGUGGACAAAGCUCGCCGAAGGCCGAGAAAUCUUCAAGUCGGGCUAUCGCUGGCACUACUGCACUAUGAACGAAGAUGGCACCAAGGCCUGGCUGCUUGGGUGCCCGACUGACCCUGCUACAACUGAUUUGGGCCCCAAUGGCUAUGAAGAGUAUCUAAGUGACAUCAUGGAAAUUGAUCUUCGAAGAUAUGGCUUCCUCGGCGAUCACUUGACGCCGGAGCCCAGGGCAGAGUCGAGGCCAUCGGCCUUUACAAGGGCAACAGAUCAGCCAUCCAAAGGUCUUGGUUCGGAUCUCGCAAAGCUCUUCAACCAACCCCCUGAGACGGGGAGUGGUACUGACUUUGUCGUGACUGCGUUGGCUGGAGAGUAUGACGAUGAUGAGACCCUCAGCUCUAGACUCAUUUGCGCCGAUGGGCAGUCCCAGGACCAGAACUGGCUCUCACCAGAUGCGCCGACAUCUCAGCCCAUCCAUGUGCACAAGCUCAUCCUACAAGCGCGGUGGCCACACUUUGCACGUCUGUACAACGCGCAGAUGGCCGAGUUCCACACCAAGAAGAUGCACAUCCCCGAGCCAUAUACGGUGGUCAAGGCCUUCCUCUAUUACCUGUACACGGACAGUAUCCGCGGCACAUCAGACGCCGAAAGCGACGCGACAACUGCGCUCUCGGACGUGGCUGGCCUGCUAGUCAUGUCCAACAUCUACAACAUUCCCCAUCUCCGUCUGCUCUGCGUAAAUCGCCUCGCCAAAGAACUCGACGUCGACCACGCCUGUAUCAUCUGGUACUGUGCAGGCCUGGCCAACGAGGAGUGGCUUCGAAAGCGUGCCGCGAGCUUCUGCAUGACGCACUGGGGCCGCAUCGUCCGCACGCAGGGCUUCCUCAGGCUUCCUCGCACCGCACUCGUCGAGCUCUCCCAGGAGAUCGACAUGGAAGGCCGUGUUAUCGGCGGUGAGGAGCUCGAGUGGGGUAAUAUGAAUGGCCGGUAUGGCGACAUGAGCCACUCUGCUCGUAAGGAGAGCAUCAGUAGCAACCACACUCAGAUGAUCGAGUCCGAGGCCGAUGAUGAAGACGGCAUGGAGAUGACCUGA